ACCACACAAAUUCCCACACCAUUUCCCUCCAUAAAACUACAUGCAAAUCUCCACUCUCACCAAAAAUAUCACAAGUUUGAAAAGAAUGGGUUGCUCAGCCUCCAAAAGCAGCACCGCCACCGUGGAUUACUACCGUCUGCCGCCAUCGAGCUUCGCGGUGUUCGACGUAAACGCCAUAGAUGAACCGUGGGUGAAGGCGGGGCAACUCCAGCAGGAGAAUCAAGAGAAGCCGACGCAUGUUCCGGCCGUAAUUCUCGAGAAGCUCGACGCCUUGGAAGCGGCUCCUCACUCUUGGGAUGAGGUUAGCAAAGCCCUAGAAGACCUCAAGCCGGCCAUAAACGACGAUAACAAGAAGCCCCAAGCUCCCACAUCGCCGCCCAAACCGGCGAAGCAAGUCACCAAGAACCAGCCUCGUAAGAGCACGACUUUUCACACCAUAGAGGAGUUAGACGCGAAGCUGUCAUCAAAAGAAUCAAAACCAGCUGCGAACGAGUUGAGGAAAACUGAGUCAAUGCCAAAAGAGGUAAAAACUACACCGGCGGAGUUAAAAAAUCCGGAGCCGCGAGUUCCGGCUCAACCAGUAGCGUCCAAGUUGAAGGACAACAUAUUCAUAGUAAAAGACAGGGAAGAGAGGGAGAAAGAAGGGAGGAUGGCAAAUUACGAUAAGAUAAUGACCAGACGAGACCCGUUAAGCGAGUUCCCGGAGAUAUGCCCGCCGGGAGGGAACGACACGGUGGUGAUUUACACGACGUCGUUGAGGGGCGUACGGCGCACGUUCGAGGACUGCAACAAGGUGCGGGGGAUACUCGAGGUCCAACGCGUCGUGUUCGACGAGCGGGACGUGUCGUUGCACGGUGAAUUCUUGACCGAGUUGCGCGAGUUAUUAGGCGAUGAAGCGACCGUGCCGAGGGUGUUCGUUAAAGGCCGUUACCUAGGCGAAGCCGAGGCGGUGAGCGAGCUGAACGAGACGGGGAAACUCGGGAAGAUACUGAGCAUGGGACGAGUCGAGAGAGGAGUGGGGCGGUUGGCUUGCGGCGGCUGCGGCGGAGCUAGGUUCGUGCCGUGCGUCGUUUGCGGCGGGAGCUGUAAAGUGGCGGCGGCGAGCGGGGAGCAGUGGGAGCGGUGUGGGAAAUGCAACGAGAAUGGGCUAAUCCACUGUCCAACUUGUCUUUAGUGCUUUUCAAUUGCAUGGCUAAGUUUUUGCAUGUUGUUAUACAUACAAAUAUUGUAUGUAACUAUUUCAAUACACAACAAAAUUAAUAAUGAA